AUGGCGUGGUCGUUACUGGCUGCCGGUUUAUGUACGCUUAUCCCCAAGACCUCGGUAGCUCAUACCGGCCUAAUAGCGCUAUUCGUAUACGUUUUCGCUAUGUUUUAUUCACCCGGCGCGGGUCCCGUUCCAUACACAUAUAGUGCAGAGAUCUUCCCACUCUCGCACCGCGAGGUUGGUAUGGCGUGGGCUGUUGCAACUUGUCUUUUCUGGGCUGCCAUAUUGUCGAUCACGUUUCCAAAGAUCCUUGCAGCUACGGGUGUUUUGGGCGCCUUCUGUCUAUACGCGGGGUUCAACAUCACAGCUUUCAUCAUGAUCUUCCUAUGGAUGCCUGAGACAAAGCAGCGGACCCUAGAGGAACUUGAUUACGUCUUCGCCGUGCCUAUGAGCGUAUUUAUCAAGUACAAUUGCAAUAAGGUGGUCCCGUGGUGGUUCAAACGCUACGUCUUAUGGCAACGCGGAGCUAGUCUCGAACCCCUUUAUCACUUCGAUAGACACGACGACGUUGCUCUACCGGAUUUUGUGGUGCAAGAUGAAUCGACAACUGAUAGUAAUACGGGGACUACUUUUAACACUAGAGUGUGUGUUACUCCCCAGGACACACAGAGCAGCGCUACAGCUACUGGUAUCGACGCUAUUGAUGUAAUUUAUCAGGCCGAAAGAGAAGUAGCUGCUUCUCGCCGCUUCUCGUGGCACGGUCCUGGUGUUCACAGACAUCCGGCUCAUGCUGACACAUACCCUAUAUAUCCUAUGUAG